GGAUCUGUAGAGCAGACAAAAUAUGGGGCCCCUGGCGCUUAAAGUUCAGUUUGUCUCUCUUGAGCUUGGAGAAAGGCAUCCGUAAUGCCUCCCCGGGGGACACGUAGAGGAGAGAAAAGCGACCAAGAUAAAAGUGGACAGAAGAAUAAGCGAGACUUGUUAUCCAUGAAACAGUCUCCUGUCCUCGCUCCGGAAGAGCGCUACCGCAGAGCCGGGUCCACAAAGCCGGUCUUGAUUGCUGAUGACAAUAACAUGGGCAAUGGCUGCUCUCAGAAGCUGGCGACUGCUAACCUCCCCCGGUUCCUGUUGCUGGUCCUGAUUCCAUGUAUCUGUGCCCUCGUUCUCUUGCUGGUGACCCUGCUUUCCUGUGUUGGAACAUUACAAAAGGUCUAUUUUAAAUCAAAUGGGAGUGAACCUUUGGUCACUGAUGGUGAAAUACAAAGGUUCGAUGUUUUUCUUACAAAUACAAUUUAUAACCAGAGCACUGUGGUGUCUACUGCACAUCCUGACCAGCACGUUCCAGCCUGGACUACGGAUGCUUCUCUCCCAGGGGACCAAAGUCACAGGAAUACAAGUGCCUGCAUGAACAUCACCCACAACCAGUGUCAGAUGCUGCCCUACCACGCCACGCUGACACCUCUCCUCUCAGUUGUCAGAAACAUGGAAAUGGAGAAGUUCCUCAGGUUUUUCACAUAUCUCCAUCGCCUCAGUUGCUAUCAACAUAUCAUGCUGUUUGGCUGUAGCCUCGCCUUCCCUGAGUGCAUCAUUGAUGGCGAUGACAGUCAUGGACUCCUGCCCUGUAGGUCCUUCUGUGAGGAUGCAAAAGAAGGCUGUGAAUCAGUCCUGGGGAUGGUGAAUUACUCCUGGCCAGAUUUCCUCAAAUGCUCCCAGUUUAGAAACCAAACUGAAAGCAGCAACGUCAGCAGAAUUUGCUUCUCACCUCAGCAGGAAAACGGAAAGCAAUUGCUCUGUGGACGGGGUGAGAGCUUUCUUUGUGCCAGUGGAAUCUGCGUCCCCAGGAAACUGCAAUGUAAUGGCUACAACGACUGUGACGACUGGAGUGACGAGGCUCAUUGCAACUGCAGUGAGAAUCUGUUUCACUGUCACACAGGCAAGUGCCUUGAUUACAGCCUUGUGUGUGAUGGAUAUGAUGACUGUGGGGAUUUGAGUGAUGAGCAAAACUGUGAUUGCAAUCCCACAACAGAGCAUCGCUGCGGGGACGGUCGCUGCAUCGCCAUGGAGUGGGUAUGUGAUGGUGACCACGACUGUGUGGAUAAGUCCGACGAGGUCAACUGCUCCUGUCACAGCCAGGGUCUGGUGGAAUGCAGAAAUGGACAAUGUAUCCCCAGCACGUUUCAAUGUGAUGGCGACGAGGACUGCAAGGAUGGGAGUGAUGAGGAGAACUGCAGUGUCAUUCAGACUCCAUGUCAAGAAGGAGAUCAAAGAUGCCUCUACAAUCCCUGCCUUGAUUCAUGUGGUGGUAGCUCUCUCUGUGACCUGAACAACAGUCUGAAUAACUGUAGUCAAUGUGAACCAAUUACAUUGGAACUCUGCAUGAAUUUGCCCUACAACAGUACAAGUUAUCCAAAUUACUUUGGCCACAGGACUCAAAAGGAAGCAUCCAUCAGCUGGGAGUCUUCUCUUUUCCCUGCACUUGUUCAAACCAACUGUUAUAAAUACCUCAUGUUCUUUGCUUGCACCAUUUUGGUACCAAAAUGUGAUGUGAAUACAGGCCAGCUUAUCCCCCCUUGCAGAGCAUUGUGUGAGCACUCCAAAGAACGCUGUGAGUCUGUUCUUGGGAUUGUGGGCCUACAGUGGCCUGAAGACACAGAUUGCAGUCAAUUUCCAGAGGAAAAUUCAGACAAUCAAACCUGCCUGAUGCCUGAUGAAUAUGUGGAAGAAUGCUCACCUAGUCAUUUCAAGUGCCACUCAGGACGGUGUGUUCUGGCUUCCAGAAGAUGUGAUGGCCAGGCCGACUGUGACGAUGACAGUGAUGAGGAAAACUGUGGUUGUAAAGAGAGAGAUCUUUGGGAAUGUCCAUCCAAUAAACAAUGUUUGAAGCACACAGUGAUCUGUGAUGGGUUCCCAGACUGCCCUGAUUACAUGGACGAGAAAAACUGCUCAUUUUGCCAAGAUGAUGAGCUGGAAUGUGCAAACCAUGCGUGUGUGUCACGUGACCUGUGGUGCGAUGGCAAAGCCGACUGCUCAGACAGUUCAGAUGAAUGGGACUGUGUGACUCUGUCUAUAAAUGUGAACUCUUCUUCCUUUCUGAUGGUUCACAGAGCUGCCACAGAACACCAUGUGUGUGCAGAUGGCUGGCAGGAGAUGUUGAGUCAGCUGGCCUGCAAGCAGAUGGGUUUAGGAGAACCAUCUGUGACCAAAUUGAUACAGGAACAGGAGAAAGAGCCACGGUGGCUGACAUUGCACUCCAACUGGGAGAUCCUCAAUGGGACCACUUUACAUGAACUUCUGGUAAAUGGGCAGUCUUGUCAGAGCAGAAGUAAAAUUUCUCUUCUGUGUACUAAACAAGACUGUGGGCGCCGCCUUGCUGCCCGAAUGAACAAAAGGAUCCUUGGGGGUCGGACGAGUCGCCCUGGAAGGUGGCCAUGGCAGUGUUCUCUGCAGAGUGAACCCAGUGGACAUAUCUGUGGCUGUGUUCUCAUUGCCAAGAAGUGGGUUCUGACAGUUGCCCACUGCUUCGAGGGGAGAGAGAAUGCUGCAGUUUGGAAAGUGGUGCUUGGCAUCAACAAUCUAGACCAUCCAUCAGUGUUCAUGCAGACACGCUUUGUGAAGACCAUCAUCCUGCAUCCCCGCUACAGUCAAGCAGUGGUGGACUAUGACAUCAGCAUCGUUGAGCUGAGUGAAGACAUCAAUGAGACUGGCUACGUCCGGCCUGUCUGCUUGCCCAGCCCGGAGCAGUGGCUAGAGCCUGACACAUACUGCUAUAUCACAGGCUGGGGCCACAUGGGCAAUAAAAUGCCAUUUAAGCUGCAAGAGGGAGAGGUCCGCAUUAUUUCUCUGGAACAUUGUCAGUCCUACUUUGACAUGAAGACCAUCACCACUCGGAUGAUAUGUGCUGGCUAUGAGUUUGGCACAGUUGAUUCAUGCAUGGGCGACAGCGGUGGGCCUCUUGUUUGUGAGAAGCCUGGAGGACGGUGGACAUUAUUUGGAUUAACUUCAUGGGGCUCUGUCUGCUUUUCCAAAGUCCUAGGGCCUGGCGUUUAUAGUAAUGUGUCAUAUUUUGUCGAAUGGAUUAAAAGACAGAUUUACAUCCAGACCUUUCUCCUAAACUAAUUACAAGGAUGAUCAGAGACUUUUGCCAGCUACACUAAAAGAAAAUGGCCUUCUUGACUGUGAAGAGCUUCCUGCAGAGAGCUGUACAGAAGCACUUUUCAUGGACAGAAAUGCUCAAUCGUGCACUGCAAGUUUGCAUGUUUGUUUUGGACUAAUUUUUUUCAACUUAUUUUUUCACCUUCAUUUUUCUGUUAUUUCAAGUUCAAUGAAAGACUUUACAAAAGCAAAGCAAAGCAGACUUUGUUCUUUUGCCAGGCCUAACCAUGACUGCAGCACAAAAUUAUUGACUCUGGAGAGAUUUAAAAUCAUGCAGGCGCUACAGUAACAGGUUAUGGAAUGUUCUCUUUUAUCCUAUCACAAAAAAAGACAUAGAGAUUUAGGCUGAUUAAUUAUCUCUGCCAGUUUUUGUUUCUCAAGCUCAGUGCAUAGUGGUAAAUUUCAGUGAUAACAUUGGAGACUUGCUUUUUGUUUUUUUUAUACCCCACAAUUUUUUUUAUUACACUUCAAAUUUUAGGGUACAUGUGCACAACGUGCAGGUUAGUUACAUAUGUAUACAUGUGCCAUGUUGGUGUGCUGAACCCAGUAACUUGUCAUUUGAUUUAUUAAAAGCCAAGAUAAUUUACACAUUUAAAGUAUUUACUAUUACCCUUCUAAUGUUUGCAUAAUUCUGAGAACUGAUAAAAGACAGCAAUAAAAGACCAAUGUCAUCCAUUUAGGUAGCAAGACAUAUUGAAUGUAAAGUUCUUUAGAUAUCAAUAUUAACACUUGACAUUAUAGGACUCCCAUUCUAGAUGUAUAUCAAGAUCGUAAUUUUAUAGAAGAGUCUCUAUAGAACUUUCCUCAUAGCUGGGUUUGUUCAGGAUAUAUGAGUUGGCUGAUUGAGACUGCAACAACUAGAUCUAUACUUAUGGGCAAUAUUUUGUUUUACUUAUGUGGCAAAGAACUGGAUAUUAAACUUUGCAAAAGAGAAUUUAGACGAGAGAUGCAAUUUUUUAAAAAGAAAAUUAAUUUGUAUCCCUCGUUUAAUUAAAUUUAUUUUUCAGUUUUCUUGCGUUCAUCCAUACCAACAAAGUCAUAAAAAGCACAUUUUCGAGCACAGUAAAACUUUGCAUGGAGGAAAACAUUUUGUAACUUUCCUCAAAAGAUGUUUAAUAUCUGGUUUCUUUUCAUUGGUGAUUAAAAUUUUCGAAAUGAUUUUUAGCUCUAAGCCACUUUACGCAACUCAAUUUCUGAAGCAAUUAGUGGUAAAAAGUAUUUUUCCCCACUAAAAACUUUAAAACACAAAUCUUCAUAUAUACUUAAUUUAAUUAGUCAGGCAUCCAUUUUGCCUUUUAAACAACUAGGAUUCCCUACUAACCUCCACCAGCAACCUGGACUGCCUCAGCAUUCCAAAUAGAUACUACUUGCAAUUUUAUACAUGUAUUUUUGUAUCUUUUCUAUGUGUAAACAUAUUUGAAAUUCAAAAAGUUUUAGCAAUUUCUAUACUAUUCAUCUCCUGUCCUGCAGUGUGAAAUCCAGCAACUGAAUUGUGGUCAUGAUUGUAUGAAAGUUCAAGAACAUAUGUCAGUUUUGUUACAGUUGUAGCUACAUACUCAAUGUAUCAACUUUUAGCCUGCUCAACUCAGGCUCAGUGAAAUAUACAUAUUAUACUUAUUUUAAAUAAUUCUUAAUACAAAUAAAAUGGUAAUGGUCUAA